AACCGGUGAGUGGCGAAAAUAACCUCUUUACUCAGCAAUCACAGCACAAGUUCGAGGCGGCAAUAGGAUCCUGAAAUCCAGUUCUUGCAAGAGGCCCUUUGUACACAGUUCUUACUUAGCAUUACUAUAUUACACAAAGGUUUGAAGGGCUUCUUCCUGGGAGACAGAAGAUGGAUUAAAAAUGUGCUAACUGCUAGCUGCUUCUUCUGAUGAGAUGUCUGUCUGGUCUGCUUGCGUAAUUAGAGUACAGACCUGAUGAAGCAGAUCAGAGAAUGGCCAGUGAUUGUGACUGCUCAUAUAUGGUAUCAGAGGGGAAUGAAAGGGCUAUUGUGGCAAUGCUUGGUCUCCUCUCUCUGCUCUGCAUUGCUACAAUCAUCGCAGGACUUGUGCUUCUGCUAUUCCCAUGUCUGCUUCUUAAGAGCCUUCAAAAAUUCAGGUCAUUAAAAGAUUCAACAGAUGCUUGAUCUUCCAGUUCCAUGCAUAAUAAAAACAAUAUAUUACCACAGAAAUAUGGUGCAAAUGAGUGCGAUCAAACAUUUAGGUCCUUUUCUGAUGAAACUGGAUGCAAGGAAAACUAUAGGUCUGGGGUUCCAGAAGACUGUAAAUUUGGAGAGAAAAAUAAUGUAACUAGUUACUUGGAAACCUGCAGGGAUGCAAGGUGGACUGAGCAUAGAACUGAUGGGACUGCCAACUACCUGCUUUUUAAGAAUGAUAUGCAUUCACCCACUGGACAAUUUCUACACCAAGUUCCCACUAAGUUCCCUCAUGAUAAAAAAGUGGUUGAAACGAAGGCAAUUCAAGUUGAUGUCAGACAUAGAUCUCAAGAUGGCUACAACAACAGAAUGCUGAAAGAAUUGUGCCAUUUUAAUAGAUCACAAAUGUUUUCAGAAACUCAUGAAUGUGAUACAGAAUCCGCAACCGGAUCCCUUUACUGGGACACAAGGGAUAAUGUAAUGUCUUCUCCAAUAGAUUUUGAGGACAUAUAUACCAAAGAAACUAUUGAUGCAUUAUUCCUUCCAAGAUCGUACCAUGACAAUGUUGCUUACUAUAAUUUGGAGACUGGAAAAUUGAACUUCGGUGAUCUGCAGCAUCCUGUUUCAUCCCGAACUGCCGAACACUUGAAAUAAAAAACAAUUAUUUUAC